AUGAUUUUGGCGGACGCCAUGUCCAAGGCCGUGAUCGCGGUCGGGAAGAAGGUUCGGCCAGAGAACCCCGGGGUUUGCUGGGAUACUCGCGAAAUGGUCCAACACGUCAAGAUGUGGAUUGGCGAGAAGCGGCUCUUGGAGUCUGACUCCGAGUCAGGGGAUGAGGAUGAGGAUGAGGAUGGGGAAGAGGAGGAGCGCCCGGAAGAGGAGGAGCGCCCGGACGGGGAGAAGGCUGAGGGCGCGAGUAGGGAUGGCGAGAAAGCUGAUGAUGACGAGGAAGAGGAUGUUCAGCCCUUGUUGCGCCGCAAGCAGAGUAGAGAGGAUGUUCAGCCUGACACUGAUGGUGCUUAA